UUAUCAACUGACAAAAAACAAGAGGGGAUCACAAAGAGCAUCCCUAUGAUUGUCAGAGACAGAGAAAAAUUAAUCAUGGUACUCUCCUGUGUUUUUUUUUUUUUAACAAGAGAAUGGGGACGAAGAGGUAAAAGACGACCUAAAACAAGUGUCGAUGCAAUAACUUUACUUGGAAAAAAAAAAAAAAUCAUAAAGAAAGAAGAAAGACAUGACCGUAAUUGGCCCUUCCUUUGCUCCCCACUUUCUUUGUUAGCUUCAGACAAAUGUGAAUGCAUCAAAAGGUUUAGUGGUAAGGAAGACUUCCAUACCCAGAAAAUGACUUGAUGGAAAUUGUGUGUGCCAAGUUGUUGGAGACAGAUCAAGACUUUUUAGACCUCUCACUAGGAGUAAGGUAUGUCUUAACACUGCUAAAGCCAACAAAGAAAGGUUGAAAAGAAAAGAAAAUUGUGACUUGGUUGGUGAGAUAGUUAUUGGUGAGAUAGUUAUGGUGUAUAGGUUGGGACAGUUGUGGAACGUAGGGGAUUAUAGUUUUGGUAUGUGUCAUAGUGGAACUGAGAGGCUGAAGAUCAACAAGUCUUGUUGAGACUUAAGCAAUUAGUUAUAUUCUG